AUGCUGCGAGUUGCCGGCGUCGGCACCGCCCAGAGUGACGACUGCUCACUGGCGCGUGUGGAGGUGCGCGUCGACCCGCCCGAGCUCUUCGAGUACCUGCCGCGCACCCCGUCGCCGCUGAUGGAGCGGUGCGCCGAGCUCGGCGGCUGUGAGCUCCAGCGCCUGGUGGCGAGCCCGCUGGCGAUCGGGGACGUGAGGCCCAUGGAGAUCCCGCCCCUGUGCGUCUCCCUGCGCACCCGCUGCUGCGGGCAGGGCUUCGAGGGCGCCGUGUGCUCGAUGGGGGGCAUGGCACCGGCCGCCUUCGGCGCGGACGGGCGGGCGGAGUUCCAGCGCAACCGGCGCGGCGGCGAGGGGCAGGUCACCGUCACGGGGGUGCCGCCCCAGUUUCUUGGGCAGCAGCCGUUCGUCAAGUACGGCCCCCUCGAGCCUUCCGGCGACGUCCGCGUGGAGGCCCUCUGCCCCCUGUGGGUCUACUGGGUGCUGCCCGAGGACAGCGAGGAGGCUGACGCCGCCGAGAGCGCCGACAGGGAGGAGCUGGCGGCCGCGGCCGGCUCCGUGUUCCUGGCAGCGGACGGGCAGCACGUGCCCGACGAGGCGGAGCCCUUCUGCGGCGUGCUGCGCUGCCCUGGGGCGCGAGUUCCCGAGCUGGAGCUCGACGGCACCAGCGCGGGGCCGCACUUCGUGGCCGCCGCCUCCGACUUCGGCGACGGCCCAGGCAGCUCCUGCCUCCUGGCCAGCCUCUGCGUCGAGGUGCGGCCUCCCGAGGGCUGGGAGUACGCCAGCCGCGACCCGCCGCCCCUGGCGGAGCGCUGCGGCGAGCUCGGCGGCUGCGAGCUGCAGCGGCUCGCCGCGUGCCCGGUGGCGGUCGGCGACCUGAAGCCGGUCCCGCUGAAGCCCCUGCUCCUCUCGCUGCGCACUCCUUGUUGCGGCCGCGGCUGGGCCGGCGCCCGCUGCUCCGUCGCCGGCCGUGAGCCAGUGGACUUCGGCGAGGCCGGGCGCGUGCGGCUGCCGCGGCGGAGGAGAGGCGGCGAGGCGAGGGCCACGGUGCAGGGCGUGCCGGCACACCUGCUGCCUGGCGGCUCUGGCGAGGUGGCCUUCAGCUACACCGCUUUCGAGCCAGAGGGUUUGGACCUCGAGGUCCUGUGCCCAAUCUGGAUCUACUACCAGCCUCCCGAGGAGGAGGAAGGCGAUGAGGGGGACGAGCCGUUGCCAUCGAAGGCCCUCGUCUUCGCAGCAGCGGACGGCGAGCACGUGCCAGAUGACGCCCUUCCCGUCAGCGGCGCCAUCGAGUGCCCUGGCGCUCAGGCGGAGAUCGUGCUCGACGGCACCUCCAUGGGCCCCUUCCUCGUGCGGCGCCUGCCGCGCAAGCCGGAGCAGCGGGACGAGGAGCAGGAUUGCCUGCUGGGCGGCCUGCGCUUCCGCAUCUGUGGGCCGCCUGGCCACACCUUCGAGCCGAAGGACCCGUCGCCGCUCCAGGAGCGCUGCGGGGAGCUCGGGGGCUGCGAGCUGCAGCGCCUCGUCCAGUGCCCUGUGGUGGUCGGCUUCCUGAGCCCCAGCACGACUGGGGCCUGCGCCCAGACCUCCUCGGCCGCGGAGUCGGACGACCCGUGA